AUGUUGUUGGAAAUUUUCGUCCUUUUCUAUUAUUCUUCAACACAUUUUAUGUUGUCACAUUUUCCCAUGGAUUUUUCUCCAUUCACCGUUCAACAUCGCUUCAUGUCAAGCGUUAAAAGCAACACUAUCAUCAGAGGCGAGCAUUAUCGUUUAAAACAAAAGUGUGAUAAUUCAGACAAAUUCUCCGAAGGAAGUCGUUUUCCCUACUUUGAAAGUUUGUAA